GAUAAUGGAGACGACGGAGGAGAGAGGAAGCAGCAAAGGAGGGGGAUCAUCGGAGCCACGGAGUUGUUCUUGCAGUGGGGGAACCGCAAAAGGAUCAGAUGCGUCAGAGUCAAAGACCCAAGGAUUUCAACUCGACUCAACGCCGUUGUUGGUGGAAUCACAAGGAAGCUUGUUCAUAAUCACAAAGAAACUUCUCAUCUUCAACCUAAUCGCCUCACAAGGAAUUCCGACGGUGCGAUUCUACGAUCAUCUGGAGGCGGAGAUAACAGGAAAUCGGAUUCGCCGGAGAAGGAAGACCGUUACUACACGACGAGGGGAUCGGCGGCGGUGGCGGCGGAGGAGAACAAUGGGAAAGUUCCGAUCGAUGGAAACAACGGAGAAGAAAGGGCAGUGGUUUGGCCGAAGCUGUUCAUAACUCUCUCAAGCAAAGAGAAAGAAGAAGAUUUUCUGGCCAUGAAGGGUUGCAAGCUUCCUCAGCGACCCAAAAAGAGGGCCAAAAUCAUCCAAAGAAGCUUACUUUUGGUAAGCCCUGGGGCAUGGUUGACUGAUAUGUGCCAAGAGAGAUACGAAGUUAGGGAGAAGAAAAGUAGCAAGAAGAGACCAAGGGGAUUGAAGGCUAUGGGAAGCAUGGAAAGUGAUUCUGAAUGAGGAUUUGAUGAAAUCACAUUUGGUGAGCUGAAGAUGAUGCUGAUGAAGAUAUUUUGAGUUUGAUUAUUCAAGUACUUAAUUAAAUUUGUGUUUCAAAUCCGGAGGGGGGAGGCAUAUAUUACAUAGUUGUUAUUUUUGUCCUCCCAAAUGUUUUUGUAAACAAGUAAUGAUCCAAUCCCAUUAAUCAAUUAAGAAGAAAUUUCAUCUCUUUAUAA